CUCGCACCUGCAACGCGACAGACCUAUUCGUGGAAAACUGUGUCACGGGAAAUUGGAUCGCAGAUAUUCCGCUCGGGGUAUUCAAUUCUAAUUACUAUACUCGAUGGAAGGAUUUGGAAUUGUCGCCGCUGGAAAUUGAUGCUACUGACAAUGAGAACGAAUUUUUCCUAUCUGGGUCAAAUAAAAGGUUGAGGGUCUGUUUGGAUAAAGAUAGAGGCUCGAAAUUUAUUUACAUUCAAAGGAAAUGACUGACCAAUCGUACUAAUUGUAAUCAGCCGAGUCAAAAUAAUGACGAACAAUGGAAAGAUUUAUUGCUGGAUAUUGAUGCAAUUGGAAAUGAAACAAAAGGUUAAGGGUCAAUUUGAAUAGACAAAGUCUCGAAGCUUGCUUGCAUCGAAAGGAGAACAAUGCGGCCAAGAGUCAUCUGGAAACUUACAGGAUUGAACAGAAACUUUCAGAAACUUCGUCAGAAACAGUAGCAAUUGUAAUUAUCUACGUUGAAAGAACGAAAGGCUCGGUGGAAGGAUUUAAAAUCGUAGUUAAUGGAAAUCGAUGUAACCUGGAAUGAAUUUUUCAAAUGUGGGUCAAAUAAAAAACCCAGUGGGAAGUCAAGAGUCAGUUUGGAGGCUUAUUUGCAUUCAGAGAGAAAAAGUACCGAUGAGAAGAGUUAGACAGAAAGAUUCCUGCAAUUUGAAGACGAAGUUAGAUGAAGGAGAUGAGUCUUCCGGUGUACAACAAAUUGGGGUUCGUUUCCUCUUAAAAUUCUGUCGAUGACAAUGUCAUCGAACAUAUAAGCAUUCCGGCGUGAUUCGAUUUCGGAUUCGUUUGAAUAGAAGUUUGGAGGCCGAUCCCUCUAAAGAUAGCAGUUCGAAGGUCUUCGCGAAAGAAUUUGGCUGAGCCAUUUUGGGAAGUUCGCGAGGGGAAUUAGGAAACGACACACAGGAGCCUUCGACAAAUUUUUCAGGAUACAACAAAGAUUAUCUAUAACAUUGUUUAACGUUGUUUCAACGAACAACGCGAAAGUGUGCUUCAAUUUCACGCGCAAAAAAUUGCGGUAAAAAGGGGUGUUAUCGAAAGGGUCUCGUUACGUACGAAUAAUGCUACCUUUCAUAACUUCCUUCCCUGCCUUCAGACGGAUAAAAACAUCUGUAACUCCAAGUGUGUUUUCGAAGAAACUACGUCUCCAUUGAUUAAUUGCACGUUUCGAGACUCUGCUAACUUGUCGAUCCGAGACGCCAUCAGAAAGAAAAGGGAAUCGUCAAAAGGAGAUAUUCAAAGAAGAAUGGACAUAUGGAAUAAAUUUAACCAAUCAUCGGGAGAAGAUUGAAGAAUACCGGAGCGACAGGAGUUUCUCGUACAAGAGGUCACGAUGGCAGUCGUCUCUAUGAUUUUCGGCCCGUAUGUUCACAGACAACCCCUCGUAUUUCUCGUUGUCGAGCGGUGCAGCGUCGUCGUCGACGACGCCGACGUCGACAACGAGCCUAGCCUUUUCACCGCCUUCUAAAGGGCCCUCUGGCCUGACGGCCCUUUUCCGAAGACGGCCCUGUAAGAUGGGCGCAACUUCGUCGGCGAGUGUACUCUCCACGUCGACGACCAGCACCCUGAUGCACCAGGAGAGUAAUCGGAGCAGUACGUCAGGUAAUUCGACGCCCUCGACGCCCACCGAAGAACGCGUCCCGAUGCUGCCUAGAAAUGGGAUGCCUCAUUGCGGAAACGGACCUCCUUCGAAUCAAAGAAGAAGCUUCAGGAACCUCUUCAGGUCUGUCAGCGCGAAUGCGGAUAACGAGAGGACUCAACAAUUCCUGAAGGGCGAUCCACGACCUUCUGACGUCGCGCCACCUUCCCCGUAUCUGCCUCAUAGGUCGCAUUCUCAUUCUGAAAACGACAGGAGACGACCAGGACGAAGUAGAGCGGUGCUCAAGUCAGCCAGCGAACUUUUGUCCAACGAUAUGGUGUACUGUGGCUUGGCUAGGGACAGCCACGAUCAUAACAAUGUCGAUGACAAUGAUCACGACGAAGACGACGACGACGAGGAUGAUCAGGACUCGAGCGAAGUAUUCGUGGGUGUCGACGAUGCUAGGUAUUACAACCUGUCAGCCACCCUGCCGGCCGCAGGCUCGGCAGCAGCAGGACGAAGGAGACACUCGAUCGGCACGUUUCUAGGCAAAGAUCGAGCUACCUCGACUAAAGAUAGUCAUGGUAGAAGGCAACCGCAAGGUUCAACAGCCCUUGUAGAACCAAACACGAUGGCACCACCUGUACCAGUUGACACAGUGGACGGUGUUCAUAUAGAGGACAGAGCAACGAGAUCCUGUAGUAGGACCAGGCGUAGACGUCAUCGUAGCUCCUCCAGUAGGGGGUCCCGUUCAAGCGACCGGGUUGUCCAAGCUCGACUCUCAUCCCGAAGAUGACGUGCUCUUCGUGUCCAGCAAAGAUAGCGAAAUUUCGAGUCUAUGGGUGACUUAUCUCACGGCUUGUUUCGAACAGAUCAGCAGACAGCAGGGCCGACCGCCUUUCAAAGUUCGUCACCUCACAGUGGAAGAAUGUAUACCAGCCGGUGGCGAGGAGAGGAUUCGAUCUGCUCGUCUGCAGAUCGUUGUCGUGUGUCCAGUACUCCUGGAACGGAGACAAAGUCGUCCUGAACAAGCGCAAAGUCUAUCCAGGCUACUGCUCCCAGACAAGGUCCUCGCGAUGAUGCUAGGUGUCCACGACAGCCACAUCCAACGACAGUCACAAGUCCAUCCUGUUCUCGUAUAAUCAAUGGAGGAAAUUCUCGUGAAGGAUCAGGAUGAGACUUUCGUCGGUGAAUUGUUUAGGCGCGGGCUGUUGGUAUCCUUGGCACCACCCCGCCUCCUGCGUUGAGGAGCGACAAAACAGCCUUCUCUGUGCAUCCGAAGAAAGUUA